ACUAGGCGUCGCCUCACCUCUCUGGCCAGGACAGAAACCCUAACAAAAUUCUAAAAAAGCAUGAAAAAAUGGAGCCCUCCUACCGGCAAGGACCGAGAUCGACCAUACCUCCAUGGCCCUAACCACAACCAUAGGAGACGAGGUAGACCGGCGGCGAUACCGGCGGGAGGCACGAGAAACCCUAGCCAAUGGGGCCUCUCACAUGAUUUUGUUUUUCUUGUCCCUCAAAUUAGCCGAGAAACAGAGCAUCAGCAGCUGCCGCCAGAGUCCGCCGGCUUCCUCAAGCUCGAAUCGUCCCCAAAAUCGCCGAUCCAGUUCUGUCAGCGCGGCUCACACCGCCACCACGCCCAAGCUGCUCCUUCCUCCCGCUGGUGUGUCUCCUCUCCACGUCGCCCUUCCACCAGUCGCGCUGCUGCUCACCCCCUUCACAGAUGCCGCGCCGCGGCAGUUCCUACCCACGGCCACGGCAUAUGUGGCGGCGCGGCUGGCCAGCUUCCCCUACCGACGACCGCCUCUCUCCCUUGCCAACCCGACGCCCAGAAAUUAGAUGAUGCGGUGGGUUUCGUCGACAGAGGCCAUGUCGAGGCCGUAGAGCGGAUUUGUUCGGUAGAUCAGAAGGACCAUCUGCUGGAGCCAGUUUUGAAUUGUGCCCUCCAUUUGCUAUACCAAUUUUGGAGGAUCAUAUCCUUCAUCUGCUGGAGAAUUUUGCGAUCUAAGGUACGUACUACUGUAUGUUAUUUUGUGCUAGUCCUUUUCAAUCUCUUUUUGCUGUCAUACAUACAUGCUGUUCGAAGUUGCUAACUCUAGUACAGAGUUUCAAAGACAUUGUAAGAAAAUAGUUUGGUGGUGGAAUCCUAACCAACAGAGUUUCAAUCACUUUUUGGACAAAAAGAGAAUGUUUAGGCCAGCUCCACUACUCUAGAGCGCACUAACUCCCAUCACAGUCAGUGCCACAAAAUUGUAUGAACCACACUUGAUUGAAUGACUCAGACUUUGACAGCGGUCUCCGCGGGGCAUAUGGCCAAACAUCUCUUUGUAGUAUGGCUCUGGUGGAUAGCAAAUACUAGACGCCGAGCCUGUAGCAUACUCCCUUCUCUUCGUUCUUCCGCCAUGCAUCCCACAACCAAUCUCUUGUUCACCACCUUCAUCAUCAUAAGCAUAGCUUCAUCUUCACAAGUGGUGCAUGCACUAGCACCACAACCACAGCAUGCCCAUGGCGGCGGCUGCAUCCCAGCUGAGAGGGCCGCCUUGCUCUCCUUCCACAAAGGCAUCACAAGUGAUAGCGCUCAUGUCCUCGCCUCGUGGCAUGGACAUGAUUGCUGCCAGUGGAGGGGAGUCAGCUGCAGUAACCAAACAUGCCAUGUCAUCAAGCUUCACCUUCGCAAUACAAGCCCGGGCCUUUACACCGCUGGUUCGUGUAGUGAUGCUAAUUCAUUGGUCGGCGAGAUAAGUCCCUCUCUGCUUUCCUUGAACCAUCUACAGCACCUGGAUCUUAGCAUGAACUGUUUACUAGGACCAAAUGGCCAUAUUCCUCAGUUCUUGGGUUCCAUGGAGAACUUGAGAUAUCUUAACCUCUCUGGCAUGACAUUUACCGGCAGAGUUCCUUCUCAGCUUGGCAACCUGACUAAGUUGCAGCAUCUUGACCUUGGCAAGGGUUAUUAUUACGGGAUGUACUCAACGGACAUCAGCUGGUUAACAAACCUACCUUUGCUGCAAUACCUUAGCAUGAGCACAAUAAAUCUCUCAAGGAUAGCUGACUGGCCUCAUACACUGAACAUGAUUCCAUCACUAAGGGUUAUCAACCUUGCUGAAUGUUUACUUGAUACUGCAAGCCAAUCACUUCCCCACCUUAACCUCACGAAACUUGAGAAGCUUGAUCUGUCCUUGAAUAAUUUGGACCACUCAAUUGCAUCAAGUUGGUUUUGGAAAGUGUCGAGCCUCAAAUAUCUUAGUCUUCAGGGGAAUCUCCAAGCGAAUUGGUUAUUUGGCAAACUUCCUGAUGCAAUAGGAAACAUGACGUCACUCAAAGUCCUUGAUGUGUCAUUUACCAAUUUGAAUGAGACUGGAAACCUUAAAAACCUUUGUUGUUUGGAAAUUCUUGACCUCUCUGGAAAUCUUAUGAAUGGAGAUAUAGCAGUGUUGAUGGAGGGGUUGCCACAAUGUGCAUGGGAGAAAUUGCAGGAGCUGCAUUUCAGGGGAAACAAAUUCAUGGGGACCCUACCAAAUGUUGUAGGGGAAUUCAGCAGCUUAAGAAAGCUUGACCUGGUCAACAACAACCUUGUUGGAGCUAUACCACCAGGGCUUAUGAAUUUGGCGCAUUUAACCAUCCUUGAUUUUAGUGAGAAUCAGCUCAAUGGAAAUGUACCAAGUGAGAUUGGUGGCCUUACUGCUUUGACUUAUUUGGGCAUAGACAGCAACAACUUGACUGGAGGUAUACCAGCCGAGCUUGGAAAACUGAAGUAUUUGGCUACCCUUCAUCUCUCAGGCAACAAAAUUACUGGACCUAUACCACCAGGGCUUAUGCAUUCAACUAGCUUAACCAUCCUAGACCUUUCCAGUAAUUACCUUGAUGGAAGUGUACCCACUGAAUUAGGUUCCCUCGAGAAUCUGUUAUAUCUGGACCUAAGAAACAACAACCUUAGUGGUGUGAUCACGGAAGAACACUUUGUAAACCUAAAAAGUUUAAAGAUUAUAAACUUGUCCUACAACAAUUUGAAGAUUGUAGUGGAUUCAGAUUGGUGUUCAUCCUUCAAGCUACAGAUUGCAGAUUUUGCAUUGUGCCAAGUGGGUCCUCUUUUUCCAGCCUGGCUUCAACAGCUACAUGGAGUCAGUAUACUUGACAUUUCGAGCACUGGCUUAGCGGACAAGUUUCCUGAUUGGUUUUGGUAUACAUUUUCACAGACAAAAUAUCUCGACGUCUCUAAGAACCAAAUAAAUGGUAGCUUGCCAGCACAUCUGGAUAGCAUGGCUUUGGAGGAACUCUACCUAAGUUCAAACCAACUCACCGGCUCAAUACCUUCGUUGCUGAUAAAUAUCACUAUGUUAGACAUCUCCAACAAUAACUUUUCAGGAGUAAUACCAUCAAAAUUUGAAGCCUCCCGACUUCGAAUAUUGCUUAUCUAUUCAAAUCAACUUGGUGGGUACAUUCCCGAAUCAAUUUGUAAAUUGCAACAGCUACUGUAUCUGGAUUUGUCGAACAACGUAUUAGAAGGUGAAAUUCCUCAAUGCUUUGGAAUCCAAAACAUGCAAUUUCUUCUACUGGGUAACAACAGUUUAUCAGGAAAGUUCCCAGCAUUUUUGCAGAAUAAUACGGCUUUGGAGUUCUUGGAUCUUGCAUGGAAUAAGUUAUCUGGAAGAUUGCCUCCAUGGAUAGGAGAUCUGGAGAAAUUACGUUUGGUACUACUGAGCCACAAUUCAUUUUCUUAUGAUAUUCCAGUCAACACCACAAGCCUUAAGUAUCUUCAAUACUUGGAUCUAUCAUGCAACAAUUUCUCUGGUACAAUACCUUGGCAUAUGUUGAACCUAACACUUAUGACAGAAGUACAGAAGGGAUUCAUGAGUAUGGUAGAUUCAUAUGGUGGACCCACGAACAGCAUGACCCAGCCAGGAGCUAGUCACGUCGGAGAAAUAUUGUUAGUAGUAACAAAAGGACAACAACUUGUAUAUGGUAGGACACUUAUAUAUUUUGUGAGCAUUGAUUUAUCAUGUAACUCUUUGACUGGUGAAAUCCCUACAGACAUCACUUCCCUUGAUGCAUUGAUGAAUUUGAAUUUAUCAUCGAACAAAUUAAGUGGACAAAUACCAAACAUGAUUGGGGCCAUGCAGUCCGUAGUAUCUCUUGACCUCUCUGAGAACAAGCUCUCCGGUGAAAUCCCGCCGAGCUUGUCAAGUCUGGCAUCUUUGGAGGCCUUGAACCUGUCCUACAACAAUUUAUCUGGAAGGAUACCCUCUGGCCGGCAACUUGACACCCUUAAUUCGGAUAACCCUUCACUUAUAUACAUAGGCAACAGUGGACUUUGUGGGCCUCCUCUCCAAAAGAAUUGUCCAGGAAAUGAUUCUUUCAUCCACGGUGAUCUCGGAGGCAGCAAGCUAGAGUUUGAUCCACUAACCUUUCAAUUUGGUCUUGUGCUGGGACUUGUGGUGGGGUUCUGGAUGGUGUUUUGUGCACUGUUGUUCAAGAGGACAUGGAGAAUUGCUUAUUUCCGGCUCUUCGACAAGGCGUAUGAUCAAGUCUAUGUAAUUGUGGUCGUGAAGUGGGCAAGCUUCGCAAAGAACACAACAGCAGAAUAAGCAUUUUUUUUUUCUGAAGGAGGCAGUGUCUGUGCUGCAACCAAUGAAAAGAGCUCUAGAUUAUUAACCAGGGCGGGGAAGAUCUUAAGCAGCAUAUGUUAUACCCCGUGCCUAGUUUAUACCUCUGAAUAAAGAUGAAGAUGUUUAGUUCCUCGGAUAGUCUUAUGACUUUAUUGCUAUGUAAC